GAGAAAGAAGGGAUUGACCAUGAAAGAAAGAGAUGAGUUUGAUCUGAUGAAGUCUGAAACCCAGGGACAAUUGGAGGAAAUAGAACAAAACAAACAAGACAUUCGUGUGGAGAAGGAAAAGCUGGAUCAGAUCAAAGCUGAGUUAGAAAGACGGUCUGAAGACGUAAAUCAGGUCAUGGAUGAGACAAGACGGGAGAGGGGGAAGGUAGAAGAACUGGCUAUCCAAACUCAAAAAGAAAGAGAAGAAAUGGUGGGUUUUAUGGAAAAGAACAAACAAAAGCAGAACGAACUGGAACUCAUGAAUGACAAGAUUGAAAGAGAGAAACAAGACAUUGAAGAAAGUCGGGAUGUGCUAACAAAGGAGAGAGAGGAGCUGGAACAAAUGAGGAGUGAGAUACAGCAACAGAGAGAGGAGACAGAAUCUCACAUGGAAGACCAAAGGAAAGAGAAAGAACGUUUGGAACAAAUGACGACGGACAUGAAAAAACAGUUGCUAGAGGUGGAUAAUGACAAGGAAAUGAUAGAAAGCUCAAUGGGGGAACUGAGAGUGAAAGAGGCAGAAAUGGUGAGAGAAAAAGACAACAUGGAUAACAAGAUGGCUAGGCUCAAAGAGGAAGAGGAUGGAAUGCGGGAAGAAAUAGGAAGGAAGAUGGACAUCUUAAAGAAGGAAAGUUGUGAAAUCAAAAGACUUAGAGAUGAAAUUGACAGUGAAAAGGACCAGCUGAAUGCAAAAUUGCUUGAGUUGGAAAAAAUGCGUGAAGAACUAGAUAGAGAGAAGAAGGAAGUGAACAACAGGAAGGAUGAAACACUGAAAGAGAAAGAUCAGUUGGAAGAGAGGCGAGGUAAGAUAAGUAAGGAGAAAGAGGAAUUGGAUAUCAGUCUAGAACUGAUGAAAAGACAAAGGGAAGACUUGACAAGCUUGAAGGCUGAAGCAGAAGCACAGACCGAGCCUAUGGAAAUAGACUGGAAGGAAAAGCUCACGAGGGAAAGACAACAACUUGAAGAUGUAAAGGAGGAGAUACAGAAGGAAAAAGAAGCCUUUGAGAGAAAGAAGGGAUUGACCAUGAAAGAAAGAGAUGAGUUUGAUCUGAUGAAGUCUGAAACCCAGGGACAAUUGGAGGAAAUAGAACAAAACAAACAAGACAUUCGUGUGGAGAAGGAAAAGCUGGAUCAGAUCAAAGCUGAGUUAGAAAGACGGUCUGAAGACGUAAAUCAGGUCAUGGAUGAGACAAGACGGGAGAGGGGGAAGGUAGAAGAACUGGCUAUCCAAACUCAAAAAGAAAGAGAAGAAAUGGUGGGUUUUAUGGAAAAGAACAAACAAAAGCAGAACGAACUGGAACUCAUGAAUGACAAGAUUGAAAGAGAGAAACAAGACAUUGAAGAAAGUCGGGAUGUGCUAACAAAGGAGAGAGAGGAGCUGGAACAAAUGAGGAGUGAGAUACAGCAACAGAGAGAGGAGACAGAAUCUCACAUGGAAGACCAAAGGAAAGAGAAAGAACAUUUGGAACAAAUGACGACGGACAUGAAAAAACAGUUGCUAGAGGUGGAUAAUGACAAGGAAAUGAUAGAAAGCUCAAUGGGGGAACUGAGAGUGAAAGAGGCAGAAAUGGUGAGAGAAAAAGACAACAUGGAUAACAAGAUGGCUAGGCUCAAAGAGGAAGAGGAUGGAAUGCGGGAAGAAAUAGGAAGGAAGAUGGACAUCUUAAAGAAGGAAAGUUGUGAAAUCAAAAGACUUAGAGAUGAAAUUGACAGUGAAAAGGACCAGCUGAAUGCAAAAUUGCUUGAGUUGGAAAAAAUGCGUGAAGAACUAGAUAGAGAGAAGAAGGAAGUGAACAACAGGAAGGAUGAAACACUGAAAGAGAAAGAUCAGUUGGAAGAGAGGCGAGGUAAGAUAAGUAAGGAGAAAGAGGAAUUGGAUAUCAGUCUAGAACUGAUGAAAAGACAAAGGGAAGACUUGACAAGCUUGAAGGCUGAAGCAGAAGCACAGACCGAGCCUAUGGAAAUAGACUGGAAGGAAAAGCUCACGAGGGAAAGACAACAACUUGAAGAUGUAAAGGAGGAGAUACAGAAGGAAAAAGAAGCCUUUGAGAGAAAGAAGGGAUUGACCAUGAAAGAAAGAGAUGAGUUUAAUCUGAUGAAGUCUGAAACCCAGGGACAAUUGGAGGAAAUAGAACAAAACAAACAAGACAUUCGUGUGGAGAAGGAAAAGCUGGAUCAGAUCAAAGCUGAGUUAGAAAGACGGUCUGAAGACGUAAAUCAGGUCAUGGAUGAGACAAGACGGGAGAGGGGGAAGGUAGAAGAAUGGCUAUCCAAACUCAAAAAGAAAGAGAAGAAAUGGUGGGUUUUAUGGAAAAGAACAAACAAAAGCAGAACGAACUGGAACUCAUGAAUGACAAGAUUGAAAGAGAGAAACAAGACAUUGAAGAAAGUCGGGAUGUGCUAACAAAGGAGAGAGAGGAGCUGGAACAAAUGAGGAGUGAGAUACAGCAACAGAGAGAGGAGACAGAAUCUCACAUGGAAGACCAAAGGAAAGAGAAAGAACAUUUGGAACAAAUGACGACGGACAUGAAAAAACAGUUGCUAGAGGUGGAUAAUGACAAGGAAAUGAUAGAAAGCUCAAUGGGGGAACUGAGAGUGAAAGAGGCAGAAAUGGUGAGAGAAAAAGACAACAUGGAUAACAAGAUGGCUAGGCUCAAAGAGGAAGAGGAUGGAAUGCGGGAAGAAAUAGGAAGGAAGAUGGACAUCUUAAAGAAGGAAAGUUGUGAAAUCAAAAGACUUAGAGAUGAAAUUGACAGUGAAAAGGACCAGCUGAAUGCAAAAUUGCUUGAGUUGGAAAAAAUGCGUGAAGAACUAGAUAGAGAGAAGAAGGAAGUGAACAACAGGAAGGAUGAAACACUGAAAGAGAAAGAUCAGUUGGAAGAGAGGCGAGGUAAGAUAAGUAAGGAGAAAGAGGAAUUGGAUAUCAGUCUAGAACUGAUGAAAAGACAAAGGGAAGACUUGACAAGCUUGAAGGCUGAAGCAGAAGCACAGACCGAGCCUAUGGAAAUAGACUGGAAGGAAAAGCUCACGAGGGAAAGACAACAACUUGAAGAUGUAAAGGAGGAGAUACAGAAGGAAAAAGAAGCCUUUGAGAGAAAGAAGGGAUUGACCAUGAAAGAAAGAGAUGAGUUUAAUCUGAUGAAGUCUGAAACCCAGGGACAAUUGGAGGAAAUAGAACAAAACAAACAAGACAUUCGUGUGGAGAAGGAAAAGCUGGAUCAGAUCAAAGCUGAGUUAGAAAGACGGUCUGAAGACGUAAAUCAGGUCAUGGAUGAGACAAGACGGGAGAGGGGGAAGGUAGAAGAACUGGCUAUCCAAACUCAAAAAGAAAGAGAAGAAAUGGUGGGUUUUAUGGAAAAGAACAAACAAAAGCAGAACGAACUGGAACUCAUGAAUGACAAGAUUGAAAGAGAGAAACAAGACAUUGAAGAAAGUCGGGAUGUGCUAACAAAGGAGAGAGAGGAG